AUGGUGCUGGCAACCCACUUGAUGAGCUGCUCAAUAGGCUUUUCGCAACCCGCCUCUCUUAGAAGCUCGUGGCCGAUGUUAUCGUACUCAAACACGUGCUUCUCUUCGCUCUUUAUCCUCUCGACAAACUCUUGA